AUGAUUAGGAAAAUAACCCAUAGCCUGGAAAGACAUGUGUCCGCUUUGGCAUGUGGGACCACCCAGGUGAGAAGAUUUCUGCAUGGUGCUUAUUUCAAGAUUCAUCCCUCUGUACAGGAAGCCCUGAUGGAGGGGAGACCAGUUGUAGCCUUGGAAAGCACCAUCAUUACACAUGGCAUGGCCUAUCCUCAGAAUCUGAGCAUGGCCAGAGAGGUGGAAGAGAUUGUAACAACAAACGGAGCAGUGCCAGCCACUAUAGGUAUUUUAAGAGGACGAAUCCACGUGGGACUGACAGAAAAGGAACUUGAGUUCUUGGCAAGCAGUAAAAAUGUAGUUAAAGUGUCUCGGAGGGAUCUCCCUUAUGUACUUAGCCAGGGCUUGUCCGGUGGCACUACCGUGUCCGGAACAAUGAUUGCCGCUCACAAAGCAGGAAUCCCCGUGUUUGUGACAGGUGGCAUAGGAGGUGUCCAUCGAGGAGGAGAGAGCACUCUGGAUGUGAGUGCUGACUUGACAGAGCUGGGACGAACUCCAGUUGCUGUUGUAUCUGCAGGAGUCAAGUCUAUCCUUGAUAUUGGCAGGACACUGGAAUAUCUGGAGACUCAGGGAGUCUGCGUGGCUGCCUUUGGAGAGUCAAGGGAGUUCCCAGCCUUCUUCACAUGCCAGAGCGGCUUUCAGGCACCAUACCAAGUCCGGGAUGAAGAGGAGGCAGCUCAACUCAUUGCCAGUGCUCUGGAGCUGGGCCUGAGCAGUGGGGUGCUGAUAGCAGUGCCCUGUCCCCAGGAGCGAGCUGCCUCUGGCCAGGUCAUUGAAGAUGCCAUCCAGCAAGCUCUCAGUGAAGCCAGGUCCAAAGGGAUCACAGGCAAAGAACUGACCCCUUUUAUGUUACAGAAGCUCAGUGAAUUAACUGAUGGGAAAUCACUGGAUUCCAACCUUGCUCUGAUCCAGAACAAUGCCAGAGUGGGCAGCUGCAUUGCAGUGGCCCUGAGCAAACUACAGAAAGCCAGAAGGAAGGGCAACCUGCCUCGGCGAGAGGACACAACCCCACCCCAGCCAGUGGUGAUUGGAGGUAUCAACGUUGACUUUAUAGCCAAGGCGCAGAAUCCUGUCAUCCUGGUACUGUAUCUAUAGCAGUUUUCUUAGCACCAGUGCCAUUUCCAGCUACUUUUACAGGAGUGCAAGCCAAA